ACCGCGGCACCGCUACGGAGCGCAGCCGCUUCAUUGGAGGACUACAACUCCCAGCCUGCCCCGCGGCGGAUCCAAGUGCUGCGGACUCGGUCGGGAGUGAAGCCGGGGGCUGGAAGUUGUGCAGAGCGGGCGGGCAACCGAGUCCUUCCGGCCGCCGCCUCCUCCGGCCUCCGCUACUCGUUGCCCGCGGACCUCCCCCUGACGCUCGGCGGCGAUGGAGCGCUGGAAGGGACGCGUGGCCCUAGUUACCGGCGCCUCGGUGGGGAUCGGCGGAGCCAUCACCCGGGCCCUGGUCCAGCACGGCAUGAAAGUGGUGGGCUGCGCCCGGAGAGUGGACAAGAUCGAGAAACUAGCCGCUGAAUGCGAGAGUGCUGGCUAUUCAGGCAUCUUGGUCCCAUACAAGUGUGACUUAACCAGUGAGGAGGAAAUUCUCUCCAUGUUUUCUGCCAUCAAGACACUGCAUCAGGGUGUGGAUGUGUGCAUCAACAACGCAGGACUGGCCCAUCCUGAGCCGCUGUUAUCAGGGAGAACAGAAUUCUGGAGAAACAUGAUUGAUGUUAAUGUGAUAGCGAUGUCUAUCUGUACCCGAGAGGCCUACCAAUCAAUGAAAGAGCGGAAUGUUGAUGAUGGACACAUCAUAAAUAUUAAUAGCAAUUUCUGCUGCAGAAGAUCUGAUGCAACCUCUUCUCCCCUCUUCUGCUAUUUUAGUAUGAGUGGCCACCGAGUAGUGCCAAACUCGGCCACCCAUUUCUAUGCUGCUACAAAGUAUGCUGUAACUGCCCUCACUGAGGGUUUAAGGCAAGAGCUCCGAGAAAGCAAGACACGUAUAAGGGCUACGUCUGUAUCUCCAGGAUUGGUGGAAACAGAAUUUGCAUUCAGGCUUCAUAAUAAUGACCCAGAAAAAGCUGCAGCGACAUACGAGAGCCUUAAGUGUCUUAAGGCAGAGGACUUGGCCAAUGCAGUUGUUUACAUCUUGAGCACACCAUCUCAUGUUCAGAUUGGAGACCUUCAAAUAAGGCCAACAGAGCAACAGUCAUAGCAAUCAGGAAGGAGUAGUAGCAACCAUACUCAACUAGCAACAUGGGUUAUGGCACGAAAACCUCUGCUGGACAGUUUUUUUUAAACAAAAUGUUAUGCUAAGGAGUGUUUUUGGGAUAGAUGUUCUAUUUCAUUUGGCCAUACUUAAAUGGUAGAAUUUGUCUUCUGUUUGCUCCAGAUAUUCUUUGCCAGUACUGUGCAAAUCUGCAGUAGGAGCAGGACAUGUUAUUUUAAGGCAAACCAUUUAACUUUAUUUUAUGUCUCUUCGAACUGCUGCAGAUCAUUUUAGUGCCAACUGUAGCAGUAAAGGUACAAAAAUGUAUGAAGGGUGAUUGCAUUUAUGUAUGUGGAGAAAAUGAUGCUUGACCACCUAACUUUUCAGCUCAUUGGAGAUUUUUUUUAUUGUUAAACUGUGUGACUAUUUGUAGGUGUGCAUAUCUGCUGAUUUCCACACUGGUUUGCACUGAAAAUCCAUUUAGUAAAGAUGAAUGAAAAUGUAAACUGUUUUCAAAGGAAUUAUUUUAAAGGGUAUAAUUGAAAAUUGAUUGUAAUAGAUAACUAGUCUCAUUGCUAUAGAGUGAUUACAUUAAUUACUUAAGUUUUUAUUGCUGCUUCGUUAUGGAUUAGAAUAAUAUUACAGACCAGGAAACAGGUUUAUCUAGUUUUUUAUAUAUAAUUUUUUUUAAAUAUGGAGGAACCUAGAUUACAGAAUAAUAAUGAAAUAAUAUGAUUCCAAAACAAAUUAAAAAGUUCUCUUUUAGAUUCUCUUGACUAUUUAAGUUUUGACUGUCUCUUACUAUGUUCUCUUCCUAACUGAACAGAUUGAGAUCUGUGAAUAAUAACUGCACACAGAGGAUUACCGAAUAAAAUAGUUCCAGGGCCCUCAUUGUUUUUGUCCAAAAUCAAAAGAAUUUUCUGGGGGUUCAAUUUUAUUGAAAUUAGACCAUAGAAUUUAAGUACCCAUGUCUGUAAUCUCUUUGUAAUUUUUGAGUCUGCUUCUUGAUCUUGGUUUUCAUUUCAAUCUUGUUAGGAAAUGAUAUGCAUGACUAAUGCCAUAAGACUUAUAAAUAUGCACUGUAAUUUAAAGUAACCAAACAACUGAACAAUAAUUUGCUUCCUAGGUCUAUAGUUCAUUGGUGACUGAACACGCAUUGCCAUGUAAUGAUUUGUUCAGUGUGCACCUGCAAUUUUCGUUGUAACCUUGUGUGUGAUGCCGUACUUCUAAGGGAUGAUAUCAUCUUAAAAGACCAUCAUACAGCAGUGUAGUAGUUAAACGUGAAUAAUUGAUGCCUUGAUAACUCCACGUAAUGAGCCAACUUCCAGAAAUUGUUUUCCAGAAAUAUACCCUCUGGUGAUUCGGAUAUUAAUUUGGCUUAAUGUUGACUUAUCCCUACUCAAUAAAGUUUAAAAGGGGAAAUUUACAUUAAAGGGUUUUUAAAUCACCUUUAACUGUACAUAAUUAUCACAGUUAUAAUUUGCAGUUUAAAUAAACCUGUGCCAAGUUCCAUUAAUUCCAGCAGAUUAAUGACAGACUUGUUUUUUAAGAUCGCCAUAUCAUCCUGUUCUGCCACUUUGAAUACCAGGAUUUCACUGUGUGACACUACCACUUUAACAUAUGUAGCCCAUGUGAACUGUUCAAGGUGAAACCCAAUUUAUAUAUUAUUAGUGCCAAAUUAGCUUCAAAGUUACUAACCAAUGACUUAUUGGAGCUAGUUCUGAAGCUCUUCUGUGAAGCUUCUGUGCUUUGAGGUGCUUAGCUUCACAUAUAAUUCAUAUGUAAAAUUUUAGACAGUUUUGCCACAUACUGCACCAUUGACUUUUAUAACAUUUUAAAUAAAAUUGAAUAUAUAAAGUAAGGGAAUAUAUGUGGUAAACCUUUAGCCUUCACUAGUUUCAGGUUGUCAGGAAUGUAUUUGUUUUUCUGCAACGUGCUGAACUUCUAAACCCUUUUUUCCUUCCCUCAUCUCUUGAUAGUGCAGACGGACAAACAAGAUAGGAAAAUUCUAUCCAGGUUUCUGAUACUGAUCAUUAUGUAAUUGUCCCAGCUGCAAAGUUUGUGUGUAAGUGGGAAUAUUUUGUGUGUGUAUAGGGUGGGGGAUCAAACGGAAAUUGACCAUUACUUGUGUCUAAAGCUAGAAACUGCCUGCUACUUGUGUAGUGCCUGCUACUUGUGAGUGGGGUCAACCUAUACAGUCACCAACCAGUUAUAUUCUCAUUUGGCCUAUAGAUGUACUUACUUCCCUGCUGAAGUCAUUGGAUAGUAAUUAGUACCAGGAAUUUGAGCAGGAUUUUCUAUUACUUUUUGAUGCGCUAUAUCCUACUAAUCCAAAACUCUGAACCAGCGGUAUAAGUAUCGGCUUACUAAUUCUCUGAAUAAUAUUUUAUACAAAUAAUUAAGUGGUCAAAUGGAGAAUGAUUUCUGCCUUGGUGUAACCAUCCUAACUGCAAUCUUGUUUUUUCACACUGAUGCAAUAGUUGAGGAAAACUGCAGAACUCCAUUGAAUUGUUCAUAGUCUCUCAAUAACAUACUUAUUCCACAUGGUGUUACUGAAUUAUUUAUCCAUGUAUUGAUGUUGAAUAAGUGAAAAUAGAAUAACAAUAAUAGGAAGAUUGCAUUGAUGUUGCUUUAAGAGCUGAUGAUCAAGUUGUGCUUGUUAUAACAAUGUUGUAUAUCUUUCUCAACCAUCUAAGUUCUAGGCAUGUUUGUCAAAAUUGUCAAAAGCCCCCAAAAUUGUGUUUUCCACUUUCUAAGUACUGCCACUACCCCCUUCACCCUGAACAGAAGCAUGUGCUCAAUUCUAUUAGUAACCCUUAUGUCAUCUAAGUACUUGUAAUAUUUUUAAAAAAGCAUGUUUAUUCUCUGAAUGAUAUUUCACAUGAAUAAUUCAGUCAAGUAUGAAGAAUAGUUCCUACCAUGCUAUGUCCUUGAAAACUAAGGUUUGUAAAAUACAGCGCACAGGCAAAAUUUGCUUCAGACUUUUCUGUUUCUGUAGUCUUUAUAAUCUAACACUAAAUCUGCACUUGAAAUACAGUUGUAUACAUAUCUGUGAAGCCUUUAUAUUAUCCUUAACUGUGAAUGAAUGCCACUGUCUUGGCAACAACAUUAAUAUCUCAAAUGCUUUGGUAAUGCACCUAGAUUUUAUUUUAAUCUGUGUACAGUAUUGUAAUUGGUUAUUUGCAUAAAGUGAAAAGCAACAUGAAGGACUCUGGGUAUGAAGUGUCACUGUCAUCCAAAGUUAUACUCUGCUUUAGUGCUCUACCAUUACUGGUGUAACUGCUGAUUUUUGAUGCUGAAACAGUUGAGACUUAUGUGAACUUUGGGACAAUUAUCAAAUGUUAAAACUGAAAGUUAUGGGUAUUUAAGCUUUCUCCAGAGUGCGUGAUAGUCCACAUCAAAAGUGAAUUAAUUGUAUUUAUCAUGGCUGGUGUACUUUCAAGGCCAGUUGACAUUCUCAUCACCUGGUUUCCAAAUUUUUGCAGAUAAAGAUUUCAGUAGUUGUUACUUGGAUAAUCACAAGUAACAAAAAUUCAUUUGCAAAGUUCGAAGGCUUACAUACAUUUGGAAUGUUCAAAAGAGCAAAUAUUGAUCUUGUGCCAUUUAGAUAUGCACAGCAAGAACACCAGUUUUAAUUUUAUAAAGAUUUUCCAGUGUUCACUGCUACAAAUAUAGUUUAGUAAAUUCCCUGUUAACUGCUGGUUAUACAUUUUAAAUACCACAUAGUUGGUUGAUCUGUGCUUAAAACUCAAAAGUGACCUCCAGCUAGAGAAGAUUAUUUUUAUUCUGUUGAGCAUUCAUUUUUUUUUGUAGUUCCAACAUUUUGACUUAAAUUGUUCAAGCAGCAUAGUUUCAAUUAUCCUCUACCAUCAUGAAAGAUUACCAAGAUUUAAAGUCCCAUUUUCAUUGAGAAAUAAUAUACAAAAAAUUGCAAUGUUAGAAAUUCCCAGCUGGUUUGUCCAUGACUUUAAAGGCAUUUGUGUUAUUUGCACUUUGUACUUUUUUUGAAAAGCCUAAUUCUCCACUUUUGUCUGCUGUCCACAAGACUAUUAGUGCUCAAUCUGGCUAAAUCCAACUCGUUUCUGUUUAAAUCUUCAUGCACUCUGAUCUGAUCACUUUUUGUCAUCAAAUACUGGAAAACCUUCAUUUAUUAAUUUAAUACUGUGUUGUCCUUCUGUAAAGUUAGGCUUAAUGCAAAAUCAGUCAUUUGUACUUCAUCCAAGUAACAACUAACCACCAGCAGAAGACAAGUGUUAGCAAACCUCUAUCCAGCUAGAAAUAUCUUUGUGAUGAAUGAUUGUGAAAAAUUGUUCACUAGCAAACAAUUUGAACUCUACACAUUAACUUGGUUUGUUGACAAUUUUUUAUUUGACAUGUGGAGUUGGUUUCAAGUAAACAGGAGUUUUUCAAUUAUUUAACCAACACUAUUGUACUGUUUCUGUACAAGUUAUCAGAUGCUGCUAAAUUAACAAAUGUUAAGUAUUACUUGAGUCAUUAUAUAAUAAAUAACUUUCAUUAUGAAA